AUGGAUUAUAGAUUUGUUUUGAAGCAACAGGAGUUAUAUAUCCAUAUAGAUAUGGAUAAGGAAAGAAUAGAAGGGAAUACUGUUAUGAACAUUUCUCUUUAUAUGCCGAUUUAUUAUUUAUAUGACGAAGAAGAUUUUAUUAAGAAUAAUUAUAAUAUAAAUAAUCUUAAAAUAAGAAAAGAAGAUAAAGAUAAGAAGAAACAGGUGAAAGAAAUUUUUUUAAAACAAGAUGUGUGUUACAAAAAAUUUUGUGAAAAGAAAAAAGAAAAGAAAUUAUUUGUAAUUCUUCAAAUUCCACAUAAUAUUAAUUCAAGUUCUUAUUACGAUAUAGAAUUAAAUAAUAAGGUACAUGAUAAAUAUUACAUAAUAUAUAAUAGUUCACAUAGUGCUUAUUCAUAUGAUGAAGAAAAUAAUAUAAAUGAAGCAAAGCAUAUGAAUAAUUAUAACAAUAAUGAAAAUAUUAUGGUAAGAAAGAAUACAAAAAAAAAUGUUUCUUGUAAUAACGGCGAAGGUGAAUUAACUUCACAUCAUAAUUUAAAAGAAAAGGAUAAUAAAAAUAUAACAACCUAUGAAAAUGAUGAUACUAUUAUAUAUAAUAAUAAUAAUAAUAAUAGUAAUAUAACUUAUGAUGAAUAUAGAGAAGAAUUUAUGUCAGAAGAAAGAAAGAGUUAUGAAUUACAAGAUAGUUUUAAUAUUAUUGAUUAUAUUUCUUUAAAUAAAUAUGUGGAUGAAAAUUAUAUGAAAGAAAAUAAUUAUAUGUUUAUAAAUAUAGAUAAAGAAAUAUUGGAUAAAGAAAAAGAUAAAAAUUAUAAAAAUUUUCUUAAUUUUUGUAAUAGUAAUACAUAUGUAAUUACAAAUACAGAUGAAUAUAAUAUAAAAAUAAAUUUUAUUAUAAGUUUGAAGUUUUCUUUUUAUAAUUUAAAUUCGUAUUAUAAUAAAACAUAUUUUAAUAAAAAAAAUGAACAUGAUUUACUUAUUACUUUACAAAAUUAUUCAAAAGAAAAUACAUGGUUUCCAACACUCUCAAAAUUUGAUAGUAUAUAUUCAAAAUGUUCAUGGCUAGCCAUGUUUAAAAUUCACAAACCAUAUUUUAUUAUUUCAUCCAAUACUUUAAUAGGUAUAUAUGAAGAAAAAUAUGAACCUGAAUAUCUAAAUAAAGAUGAAGAUAAGUGUGAAACGAUUAGUAAAAAAGAAAUUGAAAGGAAUUGUUUUGUUUAUAAAACAACAAAUAAAUGUGCAAAACUAUUCCCUCAUCAAAUUUGUGUAUUUGCUGGAAGAUUCGAUUUUCUACACUUAAAUAAUUUAAAUUUUAAAGGAUUCGAAAAAAUUAAUUAUGAUUUUUUAUAUAAAUAUGAAAAUAUGUACAAAAAUAACAAAAUGUAUAAUUCGACGGAACAAUUUAAUAAAUAUAAAUAUAAAAAUUUUAAUUAUAAAAAUAAAUAUACUUUUUUCAAAGGAGAAAAAAAAAAAAACCAAAAUAGCUAUUUUGUUAGAAAUGACCUGAACGGGUCAGGCAAAAGAAAACGUACAAAUUCUCAACAUUUGUAUUAUGACGAUUCGGAUAGUUUGAAUGAGUAUGAUAAUAUGGGUAGCCGAAUGAAUGUGAAUAUAAAGAAUGAUGAUAAUAAUAAAACAACUAAUCAUAAUAAUAUUGAUGGUGAUAAUAAUAAUAAAACAAGUAAUCAUAAUAAUAAUGAUGGUGAUAAUAAUAAUAAAACAAGUAAUCAUAAUAAUAAUGAUGGUGAUCCGUUGGAAGAUAAUUUGUCGAAUGAUGAAAAAUAUAAUCAAGUGAAAAAAAGGAAAACAGAUAUGAGCUCAUUCUCUUUAAUUACAAACAACAGUUAUGAUAAUAAAAAUGAAGGAACAUACAAUUAUAAUAAAAGGAAUGAUUAUAAAAAGAAAAUCGAAUCUUUUAUAAAUAUGGAUAGAGUCAAAUGUAAUAAUAUAAAAUAUAAGAAUUCCUUUGAACAUAAUAAGAAAGAAGUAGAUGGUGAUAAUGAAAUAACAUAUCAUUAUGAAAAGAUAAAUGAUAAAGGUGUUCCUAACAUUUAUAUUUUUUCUGUAAAGGAUUAUAAAAAUGAAUUAAUCUAUACAAAUCUUCAUAUAGGUUAUAUUUUAAGGAAUUUUAUAGAUAUUAGUAAGGAAGUUUUUCCUUAUGAUAAUUUAAUAAUAUUAUAUCUUCCUAUUGAAUUUUGUGAAUUACCUAAUUUUUUUUAUAAUUCAGAAAAUAUAGAAAGUUCUAUUAGUUGUCAUAUAUAUGAUGAUAUAAAGAAUGGAUAUAAUUUAUUUUCAAAUAGUAAUAUAUUAAAUUAUAAAAUUAUUGAACCAUAUAUAUAUAUGAAAAAUAAUAAGUUCUUCCUAUUUGGAAAUGUAAUCAUUUUUUCUACAAGCAUAUUACAUAAUAUAUAUGAUGUUUUAUUUAAUAUGAAUAUUUUUAGUUAUAAAAUAAUAAUAGCAGAAGGUUUAUUAUCUUUAUGUUUUCAAAAUUAUAUAGAUACUAUGAAAAAUGAAAAUAUUUAUUUCUUGUAUAUGCUUAAAAGUUUUAUGUUACAAAAAUUUAUUGAAACUAUGUUUGGAAUUGUUGAGAUAAAUGUUAUUUUUUAUGAAUUACGUGAACGUUAUUGUUCUCUAGUUGAACUUUUAGGAGAUAUUAAUUUAUAUCAUUCUUAUGAAGAAAAUAAAAAUAAUAUAUCACAAGAAUUUCCUAGUCAUUAUAUAUUUAAUAAUUUAUUUUAUAUUAAAUGCUUUUUAUGUGUACGCAUCUUUUUCAACAUACUUAAAAAUUUCACCUUUUGUAGUACUAUUCAUCAAUAUUGUUUUUUUCUUUUCUUUAAUUAUUUUAAAAACAAGGGAAAGCUUAUACACUCAACAAAAUUUUGGAAAAAGGUCUUUAACGAAUGCACGAGGAGGUACAUAGAAAACUACAAACAACUGCCCAAAAAUAAAUUCAAAAUAAAAAGUGCCGAUUUUAAUAUAACUAGCAGUGAACUAAAAAGUGAAGAACAUGAACAGUAUCAACUAUUUGAAAAAUAUUAUGUGGACUUUUUCAAAACAUAUAUUAAAGGAUAUGGUAUAUGUCAAUAUAUUCUUACUUUUAAUAUACAUUUACAAAGGAAGGGAACUUCAAUGGAUAAUUUUAAUUUUUUAUUUAGUCAGAAUUCAAUUAAUCCAUUUGAAUUUGUUGAUAAAAAUUAUCAUUCUAAUUAUUUUCUUGCUGAUCUUUCAUCUAUGAUCAUAUACGAUUUGUUAGAACUUCAUUCGUAUCUUUCUAUAAAAAAUGGUACUGAAGAUAUUAUUAAAAAAAAGAACUUAUUAUGUGAACAUAUGGAUAAAAUAUAUUCUGAUAAAUUAUUAGAUGUUCCAUCUUCUGAUAUAUUUUAUAAUAUGGAAGACACAUAUUUAUUAUUUUUAAAAAAAAAUUUCUAUCAAAUUGAACAUGUUUAUGAUGCAUAUGAUAGAGAGAAAGUAAAUAGAAAGUAUAUAAAACUUAUAAAUAAAUAUAUAAUUAAAAGAAAUAAAAAUUAUGUUUUAAUAAAAAAAAGAAUAAUGAAUUUUAUAAAAAGUUCCAAUCUGCAUUUGCAUGGAUAUCUCAGAGAUGAUGUAAUAAAAAAUACAAACUGUGAUAACAAAAUGCAGAAAAAAAAAAAAAA